UGCGAGCCGUCGGACACGCUUUUGUAUUUCUCAGCCUUUGAUGAAUAUGACCAAUGCUGAUGUUGACGAUGCGUGUUUGCUGGUGGUUUUGAUCAUCGUCUCAUCAGCUCCGCCGAGUCAGCUCAUCCCUGGACUUGAUCCACCAUGACGUAGCUAGGCUCCCCUCACUUCCAAUGGUCCUGAACCCCAACUACGAGUGCUAGGAAAUUCGGCGUGAGGGAGGCCUUUUAAACGGUCGAGAACAGCCUUGAAGACAUUCCGGUUCCUGGCGAAUAUGUGUCAUGUCGGACCGAGGUCAUACGGGUGCGGACGCCGGUGCUUUCCACUAUUUUCCGAGCCAAGCUGGCGACACAGGUGCUGUGCCUUGCGCCGCGUUUCUCCACCCACGCCGACAUGACCGGCCGAGAUGAUGGGUGGUUUGACAUACGGUGAGAGUGUGCAGAAAAAAAAUACACUGCCCUGCUCGUCCGUCCGGCUUCGCAAAGCCCAAAAAAGCCUCUUGGGCCAUCGGACCGACCAUGUCUUGCUGAAAUUGCCAAGAGAAUGGGGGGUCAACUGGGUUCUGUCAGAAAUCCCAACAGUUUCUUCAGUUGGCAGCUGUCAAAAGCCUGCAGGACAGGCCGCAGGAAUCACUGCCGGGCCGCAGCACAUGCCGAAGCCAGUGCUUUGGCUCAACACCCCACCUGGCCAGCCCGCGGGGUGCCGGUGGACAUGGUGGGGUGAUUCUCCUGGACCGGGAUGCCCCGCUCCUGCCAGCGACUUGUCGGUGGUCUUGCAACUCGUCUGAGCAACCGCGACAGAGUCCAGGUGCGUCAUACAAAGCCCUUGUUUUCCUUCCACUCCCUUCUCGUCUCCUUACAUUCAUCUUUGGACCAGUCACUCCGUUUUCCUUCAGCAAUCACCGCCCAAUUAGCCUUUACCUGUCUACCGAUAUCACAAUGGGCAUCCUCGAUGAGCUUAACCUCCCCGCCGGAGUCAUCUACGGCGACCAUGUUCUCCAGCUUUUCCAGCACGCCCGCAAGGUCGGGUUUGCGAUUCCUGCCGUGAACGUCACCUCGAGCUCGACUGUUGUGGCCGCCCUUGAGGCUGCCCGUGACUCCAAGGCUCCCAUCAUCCUCCAGACAUCGCAAGGUGGAGCCGCCUACUUCGCUGGAAAGGGCAUCAAGGACAGCUCUGAGAAGCGUGAGGCCUCCGUUGCUGGCGCGAUAGCUGCCGCCCACUACAUCCGUGCCGUCGCCCCUUCGUACGGCAUCCCCGUGGUGCUCCACACCGAUCACUGCGCGAAGAAGCUCCUUCCAUGGUUCGAUGGCAUGCUCGAGGAGGACGAGAAGUUCUUCAAGAAGAACGGCACGCCCCUUUUCAGCAGUCACAUGCUUGAUCUCUCGGAGGAAUCCGUCGAAGAGAACAUUGAGACUUGCGUCCGUUACCUGAAGCGCAUGGCUCCUCUUAAGCAGUGGCUCGAGAUGGAGAUUGGUAUCACUGGCGGCGAGGAGGACGGUGUCGAUAACUCUGGUGUUGACAACUCCGCUUUGUACACACAGCCCGAGGACAUCUUGCAGAUCUACAACGCCUUCAAGGACAUCUCACCGUAUUUCAGCAUUGCUGCUGGCUUCGGCAAUGUUCACGGCGUCUACGCCCCUGGAAAUGUCAAGCUUCACCCUGAGUUGUUGGGCAAGCACCAGGCCUAUGUCAAGGAGCAGCUGAAGUUCUCCGAGGACAAGCCCGUCUUCUUUGUCUUCCAUGGCGGAUCUGGUUCUUCCUUGUCCGACUACCACACUGCGAUCAGCCAUGGUGUCAUCAAGGUGAAUGUAGACACCGACUUGCAGUGGGCUUACCUGACGGGCAUCAGAGAUUAUGUCACCAACAACAUUGACUAUCUCAAGACCCAAGUCGGAAACCCCGAAGGCGGGAACAAGCCCAACAAGAAGAAGUACGACCCUCGUGUCUGGGUCAGAGAGGGUGAGAAGACCAUGAAGGCCAAGGUUGAGGACUGCCUCAAGGCGUUCAAGACUGCCGGCACCUUGUAAGGUGUACCGUGGUAGGCAUGGGGCAAUGGGUGGACAAACACAAUAGCCCGUGCGGGAGGGUGAACAACGGGACAACCUUGCUCAAAAGGCCAUGUGGGUUUCUCAAAUUAUUACCUAGAACCAAGAUCCAAUGAGACUGCGAUGCCCCCAUCUUGACUUUUCGCCAGCAUUUUACAAGUUCCAUGCAAUAGGGAAUAUAAUGGGCAAGUAUUACCAGUUGAUCUCUAGUCU